AUGACGUCGCUCGCAUUGCCGUUGGCGUUUCUCGCGCUCCUCGUCGCGUUCACGACGUCGACGUCGAUCGCGUUGACGAGAUCGAUGACAAAUACGACAAAGAGGAGCGUUGUCGAUGGAAGAGAGACCGCUAUCGCGUUCCUACGCAAGUACGGUUACCUAGAGGACAAUGUCGAAAACUCAUUGAUUUCCGAGGGCGCGUUGAAUCACACUGUCUCGCUUUUUCAAGAAUUCUACAAUCUACCUAUAAAUGGUGAAUUAAACAUGGAAACGAUGCGCACAAUGAACAGACCGCGUUGUGGAGUUCGAGACAUCCAGACGCGUUACUCGAACAAGGAGUACAUACACAAAUGGCCGACUACUCAUCUCACAUGGAACUUUUUGUUCGCUUCUAGAGCAAAUCUACAAAUAGCGGAGGCUGCGUUCGCUCUGUGGGCAGCGAAUUCAUCGCUGACUUUUACACGCAGCGUGCACAAUCCUAAUAUAGUGAUUUCAUAUAAAGGUGGACGGCACACUAUGUGGGACAAGCAUUACUCGGAUACUAUGUGCCUGUUUGACUUUGAUGGUCGAGGUGGAGUACUCGCUCACGCGUAUUAUCCCAACGGAGAUCUCAACCAUGUCUCUGAGAUACAUAUCGACAAUGAAAAACAGUGGCACGUGCAGCUCACUGAAAAUCCGUGGAAUAAAGAUCAUCUGUUGCACACACUGACUCAUGAGAUCGGACAUGCUAUAGGAAUAGAGCACAGUCCACACGACAAUUCGUGGCCUGUUACGCUCAGCCUAGAUGAUGUUCUGGCUGUGCACAACCAUUAUGGACCUAACCCGAAUGCACCUGCACUACUGCCGGUCUCUACAUUUGUCCCUCCGACGGUCGCACCGACUACGACGACAACAACGACGCCGCAGCCGCCGUUGCUGUGUAAACCCAAGCCACUACCACCUAGGCAUGUGUGCGAAGUGCGCAAUCCCGAUGUAAUACUUUUGAUGAAAACUAUUACAAUCAUUGCGUAUGAUAAAUAUGUGUAUAUAGCCUCUUCGAACUGGGGCCCGCAUAUUUAUCCACAUCUGUUGAAAGAAUACUUGCGCUUUCUCCCAUCCAAUUUUACAAAGCUGGAUGCGGCUUAUCAACAAUCAUCCGGCGAGCUUGUGCUCUUUGCCGAUGGUUAUGUGUACUUGAUUUUUUAUCCCAGUUUACAAUUGCAAGACGGUUGGCCGCGCAGUUUCUCUGAGAUUGGAUUGCCUAGCGAUGCCGCCAUUAACACUGCGUUUCAAUCUUCUAUGGGACACACCUACCUCAUAUUCAACAACGACUCUGUGGCCGUUGUAGAUAAUUGUAACGUGAGGAUUAAGGAAUACAACAAAUUGAAACUAACGUUUCCGGGAGUUCCGCCAAGUAUGUCGUUGGCCUUCCGUAAUGCAGAUGGCUUUGUGUACUCCGAGAGAUAUCUCGCGUUCAGCGAAUUCACCAGUUUCAUGCACUCUGCGGGACCUUUUACUAUGCGAUUAAUUGAUAUACAUUGUCCGGAUAUAAACAUCUUAUACAACUUAAAGUCCCUAGUUUUUCAACUCGAAAAGUAUGAACACGCUCUUUAUUCAGAGUAG